ACUUUCAGUUGAUGAGAUCCCCUCUCGUGCUUUAAUGUGGAGGAAAGCAAGGGAAAACAAAAACGGAGAAUACAAGAAUGUUGAUGUAAAAGACAUAGCUAAUAAAAUAAUUGACACUGAAACGCAAAUUAAAGAUGGAUCCGUGAACCUUGAUCCGGGCACGGAUGCACUCACAUUAGUAUUUGGCAAAGAAAAAGGUGGGUAUUUAAAAGGUGUUGGUUAUGGAGUGACUUCUAGUAGAUAUUGGCAGAGUCCUCGAACAAAAGGAUCAUCAAAAGAACGAAUUGCACAACUGGAGUUUCAACUACAUAACGAGAGACUUGAGCGUGGGAAAAAAGAUGAACAAAUUAAGACCCUUUCGAUGCAGAUGGCAGAAACAAAUAACACACUUAAUCAAGUUUUAGCUCAUCUGGCUGCAUGA